GCCGGCUCUCAAUUCUCAUUUCAGUUUUCCUCUUUCAAUAUCGGUGUCCUGUCUGUAGAUUGCUGGAAAAUCAGUGCAUCUCUUCCAUGAUUUAGAGCCGUUUUCAGCCUCUGAUCAGCUCUUUUGGUUCUGUUCUGGAGGCUGCUAGUUCAAUUUGAGGCUGCCCAUUUGAGCUGGAGUCUUUCUUUCCCUUCUUGCGGACUGGUUUAGAAGGGAAAGAAAGAAAAAAAUUUUGAGGGAAAAUAUUUUUUUUGGCAGUUCUUUUUUGCCUUUGGAUUUUGGAAUCUGAAAAUGAGUGUAGUUUCUGGUGUUAUUUCACGGCAAGUAUUGCCAGCAUGCGGCAGCCUUUGUUUCUUUUGCCCUGCUAUGAGGCCAAGGUCCAGACAGCCAAUCAAGAGGUACAAGAAGCUCAUUGCUAGCAUUUUUCCUCGAAAUCAGGGUGAUGGGCCAAAUGAUCGGAUGAUUGCAAAAUUAUGUGAAUAUGCUUCUAAAAAUCCACUGCGCAUACCGAAGAUUGCAACUUCUCUUGAACAAAGGUUUUACAAGGAACUGAGAAAUGAGAACUUUGACUCUGCAAAAAUUGUGAUGUGCAUUUACAAGAAAUUGUUGAUCUCUUGUAAGGAACAAAUGCCUCUAUUUGCAAGUGGCUUACUGAGCAUUAUGGAUAUUCUAUUGGAUCAAAUACGACAGGAUGAACUACAAAUUAUAGGAUGUGAGACUCUUUUUGACUUUGUAAAUAAUCAGAAGGAUGGAACUUAUAUGUUCAAUUUAGAAGGCUUUAUUCAUAAACUCUGUCAAUUAGCUCAAGAGGUGGGAGAAGAAAAAAGGGCACAAGGUCUACGUGCAGCAGCACUGCAAGCUCUUUCUUCCAUGGUUUGGUUUAUGGGUGAACACACACAUAUUUCAUUGGAGUUUGACAAUAUCGUUUCAGUUGUCUUGGAAAAUUAUGAAGAUCCUACCAAAAAAUCAGAGAACCUUGACACUGACAAGCUGGGUACUCAAGGUAGGUGGGUUCAAGAAGUCCGCAAAAAUGAGGGUCAUGUAAUUCAUGUCAAUCCAUCAGAGGUCAUUAGAGGGGUUCCUUCUUGGAGAGCAAUUGUUAAUGAAAAUGGAGAAGUAAACGUGACAGCGGAUGAUGCACGUAAUCCCACCUUUUGGUCCAUAGUCUGCUUGCAUAACAUGGCCCAGUUAGGGAAGGAGACCACAAACAUUCGGCGUGUAUUGGAAUCUUUGUUCCGCUACUUUGAUAAUACAAAUUUAUGGUCUCCUGAAUAUGGUCUUGCAUUCCCAGUGUUAAAGGAUAUGCAGUCUUUAAUGGAAAAUUCUGGGCAAAAUACACAUGUUCUGCUGUCCACAUUGAUUAAGCAUCUUGAUCAUAAAAAUGUCCUUAAACAGCCCAAAAUGCAGCUUGAGAUUAUUGAAGUUACAACCUCUCUUGCUCAACAUGCAAAGGUUGAGUCUUCUGUAGCAAUAAUUGGCGCAGUGAGUGAUCUUAUGAGGCAUUUGCGGAAAAGCAUACAUUGCUCACUCGAUGACGUGGAUCUGGGUGCUGAUGUAAAAAAUUGGAACAAAAGCUAUAGAGAAGCCGUGGACAAGUGUCUUGUGGAAUUAUCAUAUAAGGUGGGAGAUGCAGGUCCAAUUGUUGAUGCUAUGGCUGUGAUGUUGGAGAACAUCUCCACUAUUACAGUUAUGAGUAGAACGACAAUUUCUGCUGUUUAUCGCACUGCUCAAAUUGUAGCUCCAAUACCUAAUUUAUUAUAUCAAAAGAAGGCAUUCCCUGAGACUUUGUUUCAUCACUUAAUUCCAGCUAUGGUCCACCCUGAUCAUGAAGUACGACUUGGAGCCCACCGCAUCUUUUCUGUUGUUCUAGUGCCAUCUUCAAUUUCCCCUUGUCAAUCCUCAACUAAUUCUGAAGCAAAUAAAGGCCUAAAUCUUCGAACACUUUCAAGAACCGUCUCUGUCUUUUCAUCCUCAGCCGCUCUUUUUGAGAAGCUAAGGAAAGAGAAAACUUCCUUUAAGGAAAAUUCACACCAAGACAACCAAGAAACUGUUGUGGAAGGUGAAGAAAUCAGGAGCGGUAUGCUUGAUACUUUGAAGCUUUCAUACAGUCGAGUCUACAGUGUGAAAAAUUCUCCUGCACAUUUGACAACAGUUGAAAAUCCUGUCAGCAAUAAGGAAACGGAGGCAGGUUCUCUAAGGCUGAGUAGUCUUCAGAUUAAUCUGUUGCUGACAUCAAUUUGGGUACAGUCCAUUUCUCCAUUGAAUACACCUGAAAACUACGAAGCAAUUGCUCAUACAUAUGGCCUGGUUAUACUGUUUUCCCGAGCCAAGAACUCCAGUAAUGAAUCUCUGAUUCGAAGCUUUCAGCUUGCAUUUUCCUUACGAGACAUAGCUCUUAAUGAAGGAGCGCCACUACCACAGUCGCGUCAUAGAUCCCUCUUUACUUUGGCAACCUCAAUGAUUCUCUUUUCAGCAAAAGCAUAUAAUAUUGUUCCAGUUGUUCAGUGUGCCAAGGUUGUGCUUACAGAAAAAAUGGUUGAUCCAUUUUUGCACUUGGUCGACCAGAAGUUAAAGGCUGUUAAAGCUGGAUCUGACCACUGCACGAAUUUUUAUGGAUCUAAGGAGGAUGAUGAUUCAGCUUUGAAAUUUCUUUCAGAAAUAGACAUUACAGGGGACCAAAGCAAAGAAUUCCUUGCUGCUGAGAUAGUCAAGAGCUUGGAAAAUUUUCCUGAUUCUGAAUUAUCCAUUGUACAUGAGCAGCUCCUCAAUGAAUUCUUACCAGAUGAUGUGUGCCAAUUAGGAGGCCAGUAUAUGGAUGCUCUAUGUAAGCUUGAUCAGGGUGAUAAGAUGGUGGCAAUAGAUGAAGAUGUUUUUGUAGAUUCUGUGGAAGAUGAAGCCAAAGCUAAUAAGGAGUUGGUCUUUCAGAAUCCCAUACUUUUAAGUGUAAAUCAGCUUCUAGAAUCAGUCUUGGAUGCCGCUGCGCAUCAAGUGGGAAGAUUGUCUAUAACUGCACCUGAUAUGCCUUACAAAGAAAUGGCCCAUCACUGUGAGACUCUUCUAAUGGGAAAGCAAAAGAAGAUAUCUAAGGUGUUGAGCGCCCAAAUGAAGCAGGAAAGUUUGAUUAGCUUGUCUUCAGAGAAUCAUGGUGAGGAGAUGAAGAAGGAUGGCUAUCCUUUUAUUGACCUGAGCUUCACUGCUGACUCACAAAGAUUAUCUGUUGCGACUAUUCCGAAGCAAUAUGCCACAAAACAUCAACAUAAUCCCGACUUCUUAAGGCUGCCAUCAUCGUACCCUUACGAUAACUUUCUAAAAGCUGCUGGUUGUUGAACCUGACAAAGAAUCCGAGAACACUUCUUCCCUAGCUAGACAAGAAACUUGGGGUACUGAAGUGAAUAAGCAGUUCAAAGUUUUUAAGCCUUGCAGCUUCAGGAAUAUGCUGUUUUUCUUUUUUUUCCAAAAUUAGUGUUAGUUUAUGUAAGAAGAACCGAGAUCGAGUUUGUUAAAGUUUUCUCAUUAAAUUCUUUGAUUCUUUUGUUUUUUUGGUCUCUACAAGCUUUUGAGCAGUGAUUUGCCUUAAGCUUCUUCCCUUGUAUUCCAAAAUUUCCAAGGAGUCAUUCCUUUUAUGUUUAAAGAAUAGUUUAUAUAUUGUUAUGUAAUUCUUUCCUUAAGGCAAUGGGAUAGAGUAUGUAAAGUUCGAACUUGUGAUUUAUUCCAGAGCAAUUAUUGCUUAAACUUAGUUCAUGAAGUAUUUUUUCUUUCCUA